GGCGAUUGUUGACUUCCUCGAAGGCGGCGGGGGCGGCGCCGGGCCCCGGGAAUUCCCCGCGGUGGCGGAGGGCGAAACCGCGGCCGGGCCGGCGGAGUGGGGGCGAUGGGCGCCCGAAGGGGCCCGAGCGGAGACCGCGAGGGGCGGCGCUGCCUGCCCGCCGAGCUGAGCGCCCGCCGCUGAGCGCCCGGCCCAGCGGGGCCCGGACAGCUGCCAUGGAGGAGUUGGUAGAGGAUGACAUCUGUAUUUUGAACCAUGAAAAAGCAGAUAAUGCUCACAAGAGAGACAGCGAUAUUCCUGUUCCAUCCUAUAGUGGAGAUGAGUCUGUUGCCUCACAUUUUGCACUUGUCACUGCAUAUGAAGAUAUCAAGAAACGACUGAAGGAGACAGAGAAGGAGAACUCCUUCUUAAAAAAAAAAGUGAGACUUCUGGAAGAGAAGGUGCUUGGUUCCCGGCUGGAAGAGGAAUGCAGCUCAGUCGGGCGGGAACAAGUCAAUAAGGCCUACCAAGCCUACCGAGAGGCCUGCAUUGACCGGGAUCACUUGAAAAGCAAACUGGAAAAAUUGGCAAAAGAAAGUGCAGAAUCCUUGAAAAACUUGAAUGAUCAGUUGCAAUCUAAAGAAGUAGAGCUGUUACAAUUGAGAACUGAAGUGGAAACUCAGCAAGUGAUAAAAAGUCUGAAUUGUACUCAGGCUAACUGGGAAUUAGAGAAGCUGAACAGUGACCUGAAAGUGCAUAGUCUGGAACAGGAUCUAGAAAAACUCAAGGAAGAGUGCAACAGUCUCAGGAAGGAGUUGCAAAAUUCCAAGCAGAAGGACCGGACUCAAGAGGAAAAUCCAUUACAUGGAGACCACCUUCAAAGGCAAGACAUCCAGAGUUUGCAACAGACAUGCUGGGACCUGAAGAGAGAAAUGUCCAAUUUGCGUGUAGUGGCUGACAAGCAAGCUGAGAUCCUACAAAAACUGAAAAGGAACACACCAGGAACCAAGAAAGCUGCCUGUACUGCACCAGUACAAUGUGUUGACUUGAACAUUUCAAAGGUGAAUUUGACAUCUGGGGUAGGCUAUAAAAACCUCUCACAAAAUGAUAAACCCCUCAGCAAUGUUGUGUCUCCUCCACUGCUGAGAAAUGCCCGUGUCCCAUCAGAAAGGGUGACCCUACAAGCUUGGACAGAUGAGAGACCAAUUCCACCUGAUGGCAGAACAUUUCAGGAACACCAUUCCUAUGGAAAGAGCUCUCUGGAAGAUAAUUCCUGGGUAUUCCCAAGUCCUCCAAAGCCCAAUGAGAAUAUGUUUUGGGAAAUGAAGAAUAAUCCAACUUUGUUAAACUGUCAAGCAGAUUACCUGGAUCGAUGUAAUCAAAACUGUCUGCACAAGAGUUAAACAAUUUUUAGGAUGAACUGAGGCAUUUUUGGAGUGAUUCUGAAUAGGCACCUUAAUGCUUGAACUUCUAAGGAGAGAAAACAAAUUGCUUGAAAUGUUCUUUAUUUUUAAUUCUAGUUCCAAAUCGGAAAGCCUAGUCUUCCUCUGCUGUAAAUCAGGAGUGAGUUCCUUGAUGUUAAAGCUGUGCUGGUAUAAUGUAAAUACAAAGAAAUCUAGCAUGGGGCCUAGAUAGUCUUGUACUGCAAAUGACAUACAUUUGCUAAAGGUUACACUGAAAAGUGAGUUUGUGGAAUAAAACAAAAUAAUCCAGUUCUGUAUUUGUUCACUAUUUGUAUGUUAUCAAGAAAAUACUUGGUAUCCAGUGUUAGAACUUGUACCAGGCCUUAGCUUAUAUUUUGACAGUGUUCUUUUUCAGAAUAAGAGAGAACAUGAAGAAUUGGAUUCUCUCUUCCUUACUCCUUUCAAUUAGUUUUUAUUCCUCUGGUUUGUAAAUGCAUUUUUCUGUAAUAUUGAACUAAGAAAGGUGAGUUUGGGUUUUUUCUUUCCCCAACCUUGAUUUAUAUGAGAUAGUUGCAAGAGAAAAACCACCCUUAUGCUAUCCUGUUUCAAUUGCCUCAUUUAGGGCUUGAUUGUGAAUGGUGAAGGACCUUAAGUAAUGCUGCUGCUGAACACUGUGAAUCCUGGAGGUUCAGCUUGUUUCCCUCAGUUCCUGCUGAUGGAAGCUGCUGUAAAUGCACAAGGAUGCUGCCACAGACCCAGUGUGCUCACAGUGCAGUUUUUCAUAUUGUGCCUCCUUUGCACAGCACCACAACUCUGACUCUUCAUUCCUGUGGUGGUGAAGGCUAAUUUUUCUUUUGUUAAAGAAACAACGCCUUAAUUUAAUCAGACUUGGUGUUGUUGCAUUGUUGAUAUACAAAAAUAAGUAUUUUUGUAGUGUCUUUAAUAUGCCACUGAGAACCAGAGCUACUGGAAUUCCAACUACCUGCUUUAUAGAUUAUGAGUCUCUAGGCACUACUUUUUCAUUUUUUUUUUUCCUCUUAAGGCCAUGAACUGUUUCUAGGCAAAUAUAAUUUAUGGGGUUUUUUUCUUUGUAAAAUUCUCUGCUUCAUAUCUGGCUUAAUACAACAGGGUUAAGUGAAAUGUCUUGACUGCUCAAAAUGCUGAAGAAAAAUGCAUUGUAUUUUAGAUCCAUGAUACCUAACUUGUAUGGGCAGGAAGUUAUUUUAUACUGAAUACACUCUUUACAAAUGUGUGGGUGGGUGAAGUACUCAGCUUCACAGAUCCAGCUUAACAUCAAAGUAAUAAAAAUUAAUUUCACAGCUGUUUAGUAGCUAAUUAUCUUAAGACUGCGUGCAAAUACAUGGAGAAGCUGUGUCUGUAGCACAGCCAUAGUAAUGAUGGGCUGUAGAAGUGUUACAAGGGUGCUAUGUGACCUGUGUGGUUCCUGACACUCCCCUGCACAGUAAGUACUUCAAACAGAGCCCAUCCUUCACUUUGUCUAUCAAAGGCAAAAAAAUGCCUUCCAGAUACCUUCUCCUGUAGUACAAACAGCAUACAUAAACAAUGUUUCCCAUUCAUCAGAUAUUGUUUUUAUCUUUCUAUUAUCUUGCUCACGUAUACUGGCUUGUCUGUGAUUAAUGGAAAUGGUGUCAGAUGCUGGAAUUUAUUCUGACCAAUGAACACAGCUGACUCAGGGGAGUACAAUCUCUUGGAAAGUAAUAGAACAAAACCCAAUAUGCAUAAAACACAUCUAAGUCACUAGGCUUUAGCUGAUAGAACCAACUACCUAUGUAAUAACAAAGAAGGCAUUUCUCAUGUGGCUGCAUAAGCUAUGUGGUACCUAGUUCUAAUGUAGUUUACUUUUGGGGUCCCCCACCUCAACAUUAUUGAGAUGUUUUAUUAAGGAAUGUAAUAUUCAACAGGCAUUAACAUGAUUUGUGCAAUGAAGGAAUUCUGCUGUGUAAAACAUUAAAUAAAUUUAUUUUUGUUUGAAAUUGGUUUCAAUAACAAAUCUCCUUUCCGUAUUUGGCACAAAAUUUUUUGCUUAAGUUUUAAUUCCUUUAUUGUGUAUAAAUGCUGUUCCAAAUACAAUUAGAUUUGAGGUUUAUCACUUUGACUUAAAAAACAGCCAUCUGUUGUAGCCUGCUUCAGCAUCUUCUGGGAGAAGAAUGCUCCUGGAUGUUGAAACCUGAAGGAUUGAGUUGCUUUUGACUGCUUGUGUCAAAAGGUUCCCAGUCAGCUUGUCCUGUCUUGUAUGAAAUCAAGAUUUUCUGUGCAGAGCCUGAGAAUUACCAGGUUUUGCAUUUGACCCUUGGUUUAUAUUCUGUACUCCUUCCCAGGGUGGAGAAGGGAGCAGCAAUGUUUGCUGAGAGGAACUUCAGGAGUGCUGCUGCUAACUAGGGAGAAGAGGGACUGAUGCCAGAGAGUUCGCUGCAGGCAGCAUUUCCAAUCCAGUCACUCAUUGCCAUGUCCAAGAUGUAACAGCUGAAAAGGAAGUCCCCAGAUUUGGAGUCACUUGGGAGCUCACUGGCUUGUGAAACAUCUGUUGGGUCUGAAGCUUACAAUCGGGUUUUGACUGAGAUGGAAAAGCCAUUUAAAUCCAUGCCACUAGCGGCUUACAGUGCUUUUUCCAUUUUCAGAAGUGAAAUCUUUUCAUCAGUGACAGCAAAUUACAUGGACAAGUAGCUGUAAUAACGGGGUUCUGGUGUUAGUGUGCAUGUGUUACAUAAAACUGUAAAAUGUAAUAUAGUAAGGACCAAAGUUCUCAAUUAUAUCAAAUGACCCCAAGAAAACUUUAACUUGAAUACAAACCUUGAACAUUUUAAAACCUCCCCCAACCUACCAAUUUGACUAUUUUUAAUUUAAGAAAGCACUAACUCCAUUUAACAGAAAUCAAAGCCAGCUGUUGGGGCAGGAGAAGGUUGUUGCUCUGCACAUUUAAAUGAGCAAAUGCCAACCUAAUUAAUAUGUAUUUGGGUAUUUGGUGAGUUGGAUGAACCUUCUAAUAACUUGCACGUAAACUUGCACUGUUUGGUUAAUUUUAAGUAUUUUUAAAAUCUGAUAGUUUUAAGUUUCCCUGACAGUUUUGUGGUGUACAGCUGAUCAGUUUUCCUCACAUGUGAACUAGCCAUAUUGAACAAAGCAAACCCCCAAAUUAGCUGUGAUGGACUGUCCAGUUUUUACAUCUGGAAAAGACAAGAGCAGCACAAGACAUACGCUGAAGUUACAGUAAAAACUGCCCAUUCCAAGUAAUGAAACGCAGGCCCCUGUAAGUAUCACAUGAACUAUACUGAUGGGAUAAAGCAGAUUGAAUUUUCUUCCAAAACCAACUUGCAGCAUACUUCUACUUCUGUGCUGACACAACUGCAGCUUUAAUGAUGCUGUGGGCUGGUAAAGGAAGAGUGAAGAGCUCUGGUACCUGGCAGACACCUGUAUUGUCUUCUGAUCUCCAGACAGGCCCUGUGAAGUACAGUGGUCGCAGAGGUGUAAGGUAUUUCUCUGAUUCUCUGUGUAGUUUGAGUGAAAAAAGGGCAUGUGGGGGUUUGUUUGGGGUUUUGUUUUUUUUUUUUGAGAUUUUAUUAUUUUUGAGGGUUUUUUCAGGUUUUUGACCUUUUCUUUAGGGAGAGUGGUGUUACUACUUGCAAUUGUAUUAACAUAGAUCAAUCGAUGAAAGCAUUUUAUGUUUUUAUGACCAGCAGUAACAUAAACACUAAUUUUAACUGAGUUGCAAUUUAACAUUAAAAAACCCACCCUGUGCAGUAACUGUCCAGCAAAAUUAAUUUAAUUGUAUUUUAAGAUGGAAGAGAACAAGUCAAACAUUAAGAUACAGUAAUAAAGUGGUAAGAUGAUCA